UGAGCAGAAUAAGGUAGCAAGCAACUUCCCAGAUCUUAUGAUGUCUUUAAAUGAGGACAACUUACCUCCGUUAACAGCCCCCGGUCCAUUUGAAAAUUUGGAUUGGGAUGGAGAUGAUGUUGGGAGUGCGCCAAUAGAUGUUGAGGCCAUACAAGUUGUGAGCAGGAAAGAAGUGAAAAAAAGAAAACGAUGUCGUUCCAAAUACCAGUGCUCACCAUAUGUUGAGCCCAUUGUCUCCAUUCAACCUGCUAUAUUUCACCCAACUGAUAAUCAUAUUGCAUCUCUAAAAGCUUGGAUACAAGAAGCUGACACUGUUGAAC